UGUUCAGUGUGUUCGGAGUUUCUUGCGCAUUUUGCGCAUUUGUAAUCUUGUCGUUGUGUAUACCUUCGUCGUAGUACUAUUAUCGAUUAACUUUUGAGGUUUGGAAUUUUACGACGGAUAUUCUCGGAUUGUAAUACGUGUUAAACCACUGAGUCAGAGAUAUCACAUCAAGGAUGUUCGGACAAACUGGAAAUACCUCGUUCAGUGGCUUUAACACAGCAACACAAUCCAGCCCAUUUGGGCAGUCAGCAUUUGGUAAACCUAUCACUACAACUAGCUUCGGCACUGGUGCUACGCCAGUAUUUGGUAGUGGUAACACAUCACUGUUCAGUGCAAAACCUGCUGGCUCUACUACUGGUGGUUUGUUUGGCAAUACUACAACUGCACCGGCAUUUACUCAACCAUCUUUUGGAGGUUUCGGUACAACAAAUACAAGUACAAAUUUGUUCGGUACUCAACAAAAUGCAGGAACAAAUUUAUUUGGCACAAGUACUGCAGCUCCAGCGUUUGGACAGGCUAAUAAACCAGCUGGAUUUAGUUUUGGCGCUACGUCCGGAACAAAUUUAUUCGGUCAACCACAACAGUCGACGCAACAAACUACUCCAUUCGGACAAACUAAUACUACCGGCAAUACGAAUUUAUUUGGUUCAACACCUGGUUUUGGUAGCACAAAUACUACGGCUACCAGUAUGAUCGGCACUGUCGUUAAAUUUACACCUGUAAUCACCACUGAUUCUAUGUCAAAAAAUGGUAUAUCUCACACUAUAUCGGCGAGGCAUUGUUGUAUCUCAUCAAUGAAAGAAUAUGAAUCAAAAUCAUACGAGGAAUUACGUUUCGAAGAUUAUUCUGUGGGGCGAAAAGGACCCAGUACAGGAAUUUUUGGUGCACCUACACAGCCUUCACCGUUUGGUAAUGCAGGGGCAGGUACUAGUACUGCGACAACGGGUUUUGGUGGAAUGACCGGAGGCUUCGGAACGACUACUCAAUCCGGAUCGAGUGGUCUAUUUGCAAAACCUAUUACGAGUUUCGGCACUCCGUCGACGACGACGACGAACAAUUUUGCUUUCAACUCUACUCAGGGUACAAAUUUGUUCGGUAGCAAUACCCAGAAUAAACCUUUUGGUACAGCAGCUCCAACGCCACUUUUCGCAACCAGCAAUACUAACCAAACUCCUGGCACAGGCUUUGGUGGAAUUAAUACUACUCAGAAUACUGGUUUUGGAUCUACGUUCGGUGCAACUCAACCGAAUCAGAGUAUCGGUUUAUUUAAUCAAAACAAAUCGGCUUUCAACGCACCAGCUACGUCAUCUACCACCGGCUUCACCGGUUUCGGACAAACUGCGGCGAGCAAUGCGGGUACAAGUUUGUUUGGCGCCAAGCCCGCUGGAACGACGGCUUUCGGAACAACACCUUCUUUCGGUGCGAGCACGGCUUCAACUUUCGGAACAUCGACAGGCUUCAAUGCCGGCCAGAAUACCGGUACUUCAUUGUUUAACACGUCCUUUAAACCGGCAACGCAAACAACGGGAUUCUCGUUUGGUUCUACUCCCGCAUCUUCGACCGGACUCGGUACGAACACAGGUUUGACGUUGGGUGGUGGUUCUACAUUAUUUGGUCAACAGAAGACAGGCGGUUUGUUUGGGAACACUGGUAAUAACACGAACUUUAAUACUUCGUCAUCAUUUGGAACCUCAACUUUUGGAAAUAAUGCUAACGUCGGCACUGGUCUUGGAAUGGGUUUACUUGGUGCAGGGAAUACAAACAAUCAGAUGAAGAGCUCUGGAACGGUGCCAGUGCAUCAACAGAUUUUAGCUUUGGUGUCUGCACCAUUUGGCGAUUCACCGUUACUGAAGAACCUUCUACCAGCCUCCGGCAAAACGGAAGAAUUGUUAAAACCGGCAAACGCACCAUCAAAAAUGUUGAACGGUACACAAUACAAAGUUACAGCUGAUAAUAAGUCACCAAAAAUCAAGGCAAAAGUGAUUACUCCCAAACAGUUGUCAAAGAAAUCAUUAUUUGAAGGUUUGGAGGAGGAAGAUCCAAUAUCGGAAGCGUUUCAACCUCGUCCAAAUACUAAACGUUUAGUGCUACGCCCGAAAUCAAUGUCAAAAUCUGUAAAUUCAUCGUUAAAUUCUACAACCGAGAAUUCGCCAACGACAGAGAAAAAUUUGCGGGAGACAAAUAACAAGGGAGAUGAUAGAGGAUCAAUAACAAACUCGAGUAUCGAAAAUUCUACUAUCGAAGUUGUGGACAAGGAAAACAACAGCCAAGAAAACAAUCGACAAUUGGCGAAUGAUCGGAGAUCGUCCACGUCUUGGUUGAAAACCAGUCUACCGCGAAAUUCGCCGAAGAAUUUGAACGAAAACUCGACAGAAGAUCAACGUCUACCAUUCUCCGAUCCGAACAUGUCCGAAGAAAUGAUAAAUAAUACUGUUGCCGAAUUGCGACCGUAUGCCGACACUAAUCAGAAACAGAUUCACAACAUGAACAAUUCUAUGGACGGCAAUUCAAUUAGGAACUCAUCCCUCACUGAUAAGACGUAUACAUUCACAGACAACGUGAAUCACACUCCGGAUACGAGCCAAGAGUAUGAGGAAAACUCAUUCUCGACGAUGCAAACCUCGGAUUGGAAACCGAAUGCUGCGAAAGUGACGUUAAAACGCAUGGGUUAUUACACGAUUCCGCCCUUAGAAGAACUGGACAAGUAUGUUAUCGACGGCAAAUGCAUCGUGCAGAAUUUCACUGUCGGUCGCGAAGGAUACGGCAACGUAUAUUUCCCUGAGUCGUUUGACAUUUACGGUCUUAAUUUGGACGAAAUUGUACAUUUCCGACACAAAGAGGUUGUCAUUUACCCGGAUGAUGAAAAGAAGCCACCCGUCGGCCAGGGAUUAAACCGCAAAGCGCAAGUUACUUUGGAACAAGUGUGGCCGCACGACAAGUCUCUGCACAAACCCAUCACCGAUCCCCAACGGCUGGCUGCGAUGAAUUACGAAGAGAAAUUGCGUAGAGUGUCGGCGAAACAUGAUACCAGAUUCCUGGAAUAUCGUCCAGAAACUGGUUCCUGGGUUUUCAGAGUGGAUCAUUUUUCCAAGUACGGUUUAAGCGAUUCGGAUGAGGAAGACAACAACAUUCCACCAGCAACCGAUCCAAAGAGAUUAAAAUUAGGCAUGCAUCACGAAAAGACUGUGACUAAACAAUCGGAACAAUUAAAAGUUCCGAACAAGGAUGCCUCCAAGGCAAGCAAAGAUCCAAAAGCGGCCAAUGUAGACUUAGAUGCAUCUGGCAUCAUAGAAUUCACACAACGAAGAUAUAACGAUUAUAAUCGUGAUACCGUAUCACAGUCACCGAUGAGUCCUACCGGUGAAAAUGCUCGCAUUUUGGGUACAGACAGUCACAAACUGCAAUUAAUGAAAGCUAGCUUCUUUGACGGUAGUGAUGAUGAGCUCGAUGUUAGUGUUCCCCGUGAGCAGGAGUUGAAUCGUGCCUCGUUCGGACUUGCCAAAAGCACUUUGCGUUCUUUCAUUGAUGCCGCUCAGAAAUUUGACGACCAUCAAAUCUUUGAUCAAACAUAUACUCCGAUAUUGCGAUCGAAUUUAACAAUUCAUCGAAUGUCGACGAUCGGUUACGAAGAACUACCGCUUAGAUCAGAGAGAUCCGACUCAGCAGACUCGAAAUUGAAAUCUUCGAUGGAGAUCGUUGCCACGAAACCGUCGUUAUUCACAAAAGGUUUACCGGAGCCUACGAUAACACCUAUUACUACGAUUCUUAAGUGGGUUUGCGAAGUGAUUCCCUUAUCACAAUCUAUGAUACACAAGUUGGAAUCGCGCGCUGUGGCUGACACUGGCAUACAAAUGGGCAGAAAAUUCAAACCGAGCUGGGGACGCGGUUUAACUCUGCUCACGUUGACUACGAGAAAUCAAGCUGAUAUCGUACCACUGAACAGCUCGUUUGAGCAGAUCGGGUCUUACGUUUGCGGUCGUUCUCCGGAGGAUACAACAUCCGCUGCUAUAGUCCAACGUAUACAAGUUCUAGGAGGACACGGAACAGAUAUCGACCAUGUGAAAAAGUUUAAAGAAAGUAUAGAGGGUCAUUUAAAGAUUCAAUUGUCCUACCGUAAAUUGAAUCAGGAAGGAGAUUGCCCGAUUUUCAACGUAGACACAGAUAAUAGGGAAGACGCGAGCAUGGCUUUACAUGCUCACUGCAACUUGGCCGAAGAAUUCGCGGAACAAUAUUCAUCGGAUUCAUAUGCCUCGUACGUGGCUAACGUUUGGAAGCUAUGCGUGGCUCUUUGGGGAAAUUUGGCGGAUAUAAAUGUUGCCACAGAAAAUCCAGAUGAUCAUAAUAUCACGAUAGCACGACGAGAAGCUGUGGGAGAGUGGUUGAGGAAUGUCAUACGAAAAACGCUACACCAGGAUAAUACUAAUAUCAACUACGAGACAAAGAUAUUGCUUUUACUAUCAGCUUAUGAGUUGGAAGAGGCAUGUAAAACUGCACGAGAAGUAGGUGAUCAUUGUUUGGCAUUGUUGAUGGCACAGCUACGCAGCGGAAUGCCUGUAAAGGUACUGAUACAACAACAAAUCAAAUUAUGGCAAGACUCCGGUAUUGAUGAACACAUAUCACUGGAUAGACUAAAGCUUUUUACGUUGCUGGCGAGCACAAAGUUAGGUGAACCGCCUUUGUACAAUAACGUUUGCGAGGGUUUCGAUUGGAAGAGAGCUUUGGCUAUUCAUCUGUGGUAUUUUGCAUCUCCGACUGCUUCACUAAGCGAUGCGCUGGAGCUUUAUGAAAGCUCCUUAGAUGCGGGUAAAACAGUGGUAUACUCUUACACUCCAAAGCCCGAGUAUAAGGGAGAUGAUUACGAGUUGGAGAUGAUGAAUGGAAAACUGAUAUACGAUCUGUGUUUUCAUCUAUUAAAAUUAUUCUGCACUGGCAAUCACGCGCUUGGGAAAUUGUUGAACCCAGCAACGCACACAGCCGAUCCAAUGGACUUCAGGCUCAGCUGGCUGAUGCAGCAAGUACUUUUAGCUCUGGGUUACUCGCAUCUCUCAGAACACGUAGCCACUUUAACACAUGUUAAUUUCGCGACGCAAUUAGAAGCAUAUGGUCUUUGGCAUUGGGCCAUAUUCGUUAUGUUGCACCUAAAGGAUGCUGGAAAUAGGAAGACAGCAGUAAGAAAUUUGUUACAACGUAACGUCGAGAUCGACGACUCUGACGACGUCGAUUCGAUUGAUCCAAUCGAGCGCGAGAAAUUUUUGCGUGAAGAAUUGGGUAUACCUUCGACUUGGAUCAACCAGGCUAAAGCUGUAAAGAGUUACGUGGUUAAAAGAUACGGAAGGGCAGCCUAUUAUUAUAUUCAUGCAGAACAAUGGAACACGGCUCACGAAAUUAUUAUCGAGCAUUUAGCAGCAGAUGCUAUAAUAAACGAAAAUUAUGAUUAUUUACGUGAACUGCUACGACCACUGACUCCCCCGGAAUGCAGCAGUACCAUAAGCGGUUGGACCUAUCAAGGACAAUUACUUUGGGAAUACAUGGAAAUAACUAUGGACGUAGAAUCGCUGUUACGCGGCACUGAUGCUCGCGUGAUUGGUACCAGAUUGGAAUCAUUAAAACAACGAUUGUCGAGUCUUCCAUCCAAAAUCAACCAGUUUCCAUGUCCAACCGCUAAGCAUAGGCUUUGCCAGGCCGAGAUCGCAAAGAGGACUCUGCAUCUGGCUAGAAGCUUAAUGCAAUCAAACGAGAACAGAUCGACGUCGAUACUGCAAUUAGUGUCUCAGUUGCCCUUACCGGAAGAUUACGCACAACAAGAGCUCCGCCCUAUCGUUAAUAUGCGCGUGAAUGAAAUUAUAUAUCAAGCAGCGUAGUUGUUGAUGCCGUUUUUCUCUUUUUCUACAGAAAUGUUAUACGCUCAAAGAGGUAAUUUUAUUUUUAUAUUUUGACCAAAAUAAAAUGCGCAUAUGUAAAUUUUUUACUUUGAGCGAUCAUGUAAUACAAUGUAUUUAUAUGUUUUUAUCCAAGUAACAACGAAGGGGCGGCAACAAUCAGUGUAUUAAUGAUCGUGGUCAAUCAGACUAAACAAUGAUAAUAGUAAUAACAAUAGUAAUAACGCUAAAGUUAAUAAGAUUUGUAACAGUUAAGGAUCGUAAACUUUAUAAAUAAUGGUAUUUAUUCUAAUUUGUUACUUAAGGCAGAUGAAUUUGAAUAUAUAUUUAAGCAAAGUAAUGCAAUCUGGAUGAAGGAAGUAAUUAUUUACGUACAUCGUACAGGAAGUCGUAUAGGAAUAUCUUUAUUGUUCAAAGCGUGAUAAUUAGGUUUAAUAAAAUAAAGACUCCCCGUUAUAGCACGAUUGUUUUUAUCAUAAA